AUGGCCACCGCCAGCAACCAACAGGCCCUCGUCGUCAGCAUCUCGGGCUGCUCCUCGAGCGGAAAAACCACCCUCGCCCGGCUGCUGCGGGACAUUUUCCCCGGCUCCUUUAUCCUCCACGAGGAUGACUUCUAUAAGCCCGAGACGGAGUUGCCGUACAAGAAUGGCCUGCGCGACUGGGACUGCGCCGAGGCCAUCGACGUCGCCGCCAUGGCCGACGCCCUCUGCUAUAUCCGCCAACACGCCUCCUUUCCGCCCACGCUCGAAUCCAAGGAGGACCAGAACGCUGUCGGCCAGUGUCCCGUCAACGACGCCGCUGUCGCCGCCGUCAAGGCCAAGGUCGCCUCGGCUCUGGGCGCGUCGCACCCGCUGCACGGCUCCCUCCGCCUCUGCCUCCUCGACGGCUUCCUGCUCUACUGUCCGUCCAUGGCGGCCCUGCUGAACCCCUGCCUGGAUCUCAAGCUCUUUGUUCGGGCCUCGUACGCCAGGACCAAGGCCCGUCGCGAGGCCCGGCUUGGCUACGUUACCAUCGAGGGCUUCUGGCAGGACCCGCCGGGCUACGUCGACUCCGUCGUCUGGCCCAACUACGUGGCCGACCACGCCUGGAUGUUCGACGACGGCGACGUCGAGGGCCGCUUCAGGGGCCGUGCGCUCGACGAGGCGGGCAUCCGGGUGUUGAAGGAGGCCCCGGUCGAUGCCGACAUGGAGGUCCUGCUUGGCUGGAUGGUCGACGCGAUUCUGGCCGAGCUGCAAAAGCAUGCAUAG